AUGUGGAACGGUCGCCAGGCAGGAACCUAUGUUGUUCGAGUAGCGGGAGUACCCCCUCAUCGAAGGACGUCCAUUGACCACGACCUUGCUAGCUCACCCGACAUUUUCAAAAACGCCUCAGAAACUACCACCAUCGUCUCCUCCAGUGCUGGGUUGCUCAUUGCGGAUGUUCAUGGCUGGAUUCUGUAUCGAGAGCUGAGUCGCACGAGUGUCAGAGAACGGAUAACGCACACGGCGGAGAGGAAUACUUCUUUGCUGUCGACUUGGGACCUUGGGAAGACGGACAAGAGAAACCAUGAACCAGUUUUGUUGAGAUCUGCCAAGGUUCAGCAUUGCAAUAAGUCUAAGCCCUAUCUAGUGAUGGAUUGGCUUGCUGAGAACGUCGUGCUACGAGAGACGAGGCAGUGUAUGCGUAUGGUCUCAGGGGAGGGAGCCCCCGUAUGCAUACGAAGUACAUAUCAUCCAUCCACAACCAACUGUAACUAUGUGAUAGUUAUCUCAUCACCCUCGACGGUUCCAGAGACAUCAUCUGCUACGCGUGAGCUUGCGGCAGUUGUGGGAGGGGGAGACAGUGAUGCGUCUACUAAGGUAACUGUAUUUGACACGGAGAACAAGGUAAUCGGAUACAUCGCGAUGUUUGUGGAGGUUCAGAGAGGUUAUUUUAGACUUGGGGAAUAUGCACAUCUCCUUUACCAACAACGGCUCUACCCACUUGUGUUGAGUCUUGCGCAGACGCAACACUCCGACAAGAGCUACACGUCGCUCAUGCGAUGCGAGCCUUUUCUUACUUUGCCAGAUAAGAAUGCUAUAACGCUAGAUAGUUACAGAAACAAAGAUCUCUUGCAGCUCAUGGCUCUCAGCGGUUCCUGCAAGAUGACCAUCCACGCAGGUGUUCUCAUAGGCAGAGACCGACGACUCGGACCACUUCCCACACCCGACCGAUCAUACAGGGAAACAUAUUCUCUGAGCCGUGUCCCCUCAACAUCUGCGGUAGUCUCGCGGUCGAGAAGCGUUUCUGCAUUUGCCCCAACGAACAAUUAUUACGCGGUCGUUCAUGUUGCGUUCGCUUAUAGAAGGUACCCUGUCCCCCUGUUCACACUUCGACUCAUCCCUGCACAUUAUAUCUUCUAUCAGACUAUAACCAUUGCGAUCAUGCGCAGAGCACCUUUAAAAUAUUUAACCAAAAGGAACUUCCAGGGUGGCGGAAAUGUACCUACUCAUAUUGUGUGGACCGGCACCAAGUCCCCAACUCCGAUUGGUAUAAUUAUAAUGCCAGCUUCAAGCAAAAUUUAUCGAGAUUACACUUGGGCAGGGAGCAUACCGCCGCUCGGUCUCGUUCCUCGGCCAGCCGAUAUGCUCUUCGUAGAAGGACAGACAUGUAUAUGUUAUCUUUUUGCGUCUCGAAAAGCACGUCCACAGUCGACACCCAGCACCCAAGCGGAAGCAGCCGAGGUGCACAGCUUUUUGGGUUUUCGGACAGACAAGGCCGAGGCUCCUCGACUAGCGGCGGUACCCAUCCCCAACUCGUUUGAUUCAUUCAAGCAAAGUGGACAAUUCAAAUCGUGUUACGUGAAAUCGGGCGGUUCCAAGUCUGGGUUGUUCUGUCGAUUCCAAGCCUUGCAUGAUAUAAGGCGCGAAGUCAAGAACAAUGCUGCACAAACAAUGCAUCAUCGAGGCCAAGAAGAACGCAGCGCGUCACGCAGCGUGGAGUUAGGCAGCUUAUUGAGUCUUGUGACAAACCGUUCGGACACAUUGAAGUCAUCCAAGGACAACGAAUAUCAAAUUCAAGAGCGUGACGGCGCAAUAGAAUGA